AUUGCAGAUUCCAUUGGCUAGACAAACAAAUGGAGAAUUCUAAUCUAGUUGAGCAGGCUGUCGAAGCGCUUGUCAAGCUUAUACUAUUGCAAGAUGGGAAGCACACUAGUGAUUACAUGGACUUGGACCAUGAUCUGGAUGGAAAUAAUGUUCAGAGUGGUUAUACCUUAAAAGGUAUUAUGGACCAAGAAGCUAGAAUAAAUGCUGUACAAGAAUAUUGCCUCAGGAUCUUGGGCAGUCGUAUAGCGCCUUCACUAGUGUCAGACGAUGUCCACAUCUCGGAUCUUAUCAAGAAGAAACUCAUGCGUGAGGACCCGUCGGCAACAAAAGCCAUUCGAUUCUCGCAUCUCUUUACCAAAUUAUCUGCAUGUUCUGUACUGCAUAAAAAAUGGUCCAUUCUGUAUUUUCUCCUCGCCCUCAGUGAUCAGACUUCAUCUUUCUCAUUAGUAGGAUCAGGAUCAGCCAUAGAAAGUCGUUCUGACAAUCAACCUCUUUCAUAUCUUGGACUGCAUAAUCUGGAUACAGCGCAUAUACGGAAUCGAGGGCGCAAUAGCGCACAAAAAUUGGAUACAGUGCAUUCCCCGAGACAUGAAUCUAUGCAUACUACGCCUAUGUCUCCAGCGGAUGUCAGGAAUGCAUUUACAGCUACAGCUCCGGCUUCAGUUUCAGAAAAAGAAGCUAGGUCAUCCAUGUACACGAACUUGUUGAAUGACCGGAUUCAGAGAUCUGAACUCGAGGUUGAAGAAUCUGCGUUACUUCGAGAUUUGAUAUUUGUUUUUCAAGGGAUCGACGGCAAGAUGAUCAAAUUUGGCACGGAGUCGGGGACAUGCUCAAUUGAUCCAUCCAUAAAUGUAUCUAAUUCAACUAGAAGUCUUGUUAAUCGAUUGACCGAGCUGGGAUGGUUAUACAAAAAGAUAAACUCAUAUGUUCAUAACACUUUAAAAGAAGGAACCGCAGGACUAGUCGGCCAGAGUUUUUGUUCUGCACUCCAACAUGAACUCGUUGACUACUUUCGGUUGAUUGCAGUGUUGGAGGCCCAUAUUGCCAAGGAAACUGACCAUGAUAUGUCAAAGGGGCUGACUCUUAAGAGACUCCUUGUAUGGACUCAGGAAUCAUUACAACGGCUGCGACUCAUGUCAGUGCUGGUAGAGUGUUGUCACGACCUUCAAGGGGGAGCCUUAGUAUCUAUGGUACAUGAUUAUACACAGCACGGAGACCCACUCAUCCAGCAGUUUAUCCAUCAUAUGCUUGAGCGCAUUUCGGCACCUUUUUAUGUAAUGAUGCAAAGAUGGAUUUAUGAGGGCGAGCUAGAGGAUCCACGAACAGAGUUUUUUAUUGCGCUUGAUCCUGAAUGCGAGGAAGAAGAUAUGUGGCAGCGCAAAUACUUUAUUCGUGAGAAAAUGCUGCCUGCGUUCAUUGGAAUGUCCUUGGCAAAAAAGAUUCUUUCUAUCGGGAAAUCACUUAAUUUCCUAAGGCAUAUGUGCAAUGAUGCAGACUGGGUACAGCAACAUCAUGGCGUGGGAAAAACUCUAAGGUAUGGCGACAUUGCAGAAUUGGAGGGAUUCAUUGACGCUGCUUAUAUCGAGACCAGCCAGCGCCUGCUUCAUUUAUUAGUCACAAAGUUCAAGCUAUUGGACCAUCUUACGGCGAUCAAACGAUACAUUCUCCUCGGUCAAGGCGAUUUUAUUCAGCACUUGAUGGAGUCACUUGGUGGAUCUAAUCUUUCGCAGCCUGCGAAUACGCUAUUUCGGCACAAUUUGACUGGAACAUUGGAAACAGCUGUUAGGGGCUCGAAUGCACAAUUCGAUGAUCCGGACGUUCUGCGCCGCCUUGACGUUCGCUUGUUGGAAAUUUCACCGGGAGACAGUGGGUGGGAUGUCUUUUCACUUGACUACCAUGUGGAUUCUCCUAUCAACACCAUCUUAACGCCAGUAGCCAUGCACCAAUAUCUGAAAAUGUUUAAUUUCCUGUGGCGUCUCAAAAGGGUCGAGUAUGCACUUUCCUCCGCGUGGAGACGCCAGACGACGAGCGCCAGAGCGGUCCGACCUAUUCUUGAACUCGUACCGGAGCUGCAUCGGUGCCGGAUUGUGUGUAGUGAAAUGAUCCAUUUCGUCUAUCAGCUCCAAUACUACAUCCUUUUCGAAGUGCUUGAGUGCUCGUGGGAUGAACUCGUAAAGACCAUUGGGAACAAGACCACGGAUCUAGACUCAUUGAUCGAAGCUCAUACCAAGUAUCUGCGAGACGUAACCUCCAAGGGCCUUCUGUCCGCUUCUCAUGACGUAAACAUGAUGUCGCGUCUGUUGGAGCUCCUGGCUACGAUCCUGGACUACAAGGUUGCUCAAGACAACUUGUACAACUAUGCGCUGGCCGAGAUUGAGCGUCGAGCACGUUUGGCUCAAGCUGCUGAACGGAGGACGCGCCUCGGUCAAUGGGGUCUCACGGAUCAUGAUGAGGCAUUGGAUAAGAUCCCUGAAGAUCACUUUAACGAGAUUGUACCAGGCUUGUUAAGGACUCUAAAUGAGUUUUCAAUGCAGUUCAAACGUGGCCUGUCAGAGCUUCUGAUUACGCUCUCAGCAGACGGAGAUUCAGAUCUUCGUUUCUUGAGUGUCCGAUUAGACUUUAAUGAGUUUUACAUGGGAACAUUGAAUGUUAUUGGCCAUAGCAAUAGAAAGGCCACAACAAAUGCAGUAGCAACACCAUCAACAGCCCUUGCAGCACUCUCGACUUCUGCUUUAAGGUAGAUUGGUCGAGGAAAGCAAGUAUAUAGUGUAAAAUAUAAAACUAAUACCAUAAACUUCCACAUACAUCUCUUCGUCUACA